AUGGGUGACGAGAUGAACGAGGACGGUGCCGACGAACAGUGGCAUCCUGAGGAUCCGCGAACGAAUGUGCCCAAACGAAGGCGGUCGACCGGUAGAUCCAGUGAAUCGGCCAGGCAGAGAAGGUUGGUGUGA